AUGGGCGAGGAAGGCGUUUCUGAGUAUCUCUACAAGGUUCUCGUGGUGGGCGACAUGGGCACCGGCAAAACGGCGAUCAUUCGUCGUUAUGUAAACAACAUGUACUCCGACAGCUACAAAUCGACGAUCGGGGUCGAUUUUGCGUUGAAGGAGAUCAACUGGGACUCGAAAACGCUGGUGCGUCUGCAGCUAUGGGACAUUGCAGGACAGGAGCGAUACGGCAACAUGACACGUGUUUACUACAAAGAAGCAGUCGGGGCCUUCGUGGUGUUCGACAUCACCCGCAAUUCUUCCUUCGAGGCCGUCAAGAAGUGGAAGCAGGACAUCGACUCCAAGGUCACCCUCCAUGACCAGCCCAUCCCCGUGGUGCUGCUCGCCAACAAGUGCGACCUGGUGAAGAACCCGUGCAACGAGGAGGUCAUGAACGAAUACUGUCGGGAGCACGGCUUCGCAGCGUGGUUCACCACCUCUGCCAAGGAAAAUGUAAAUGUGGACGAGGCGGUGACGGCGCUGGUGAGCGCCAUCUCCAAGCGAACGGGCGGAACAGGCGGUGCGGCGGCUGCCCCAGCGCCAAGCCAGCAGCAGGAGAACAUCAAGGUGGCCGGCGGACAGCCAGCCGCCGACAACAAGAGCUCAGACUGCAGCUGUUAG